CAAGCUGGAAAUUAAUUUAGCCCCGCCGUCUGAAUGUUUUGUCUAAAGAGAUUGGGCUCUUAGGCCCAACCGUAAAGAUAUUUUCAAAAAAUUUAGUUGUAAGUCCCCGACGCUUCCCUGUCUGUAGAUCUCCAGGCCUCGAUCCUCGUACGUUGUUGACGUACGAGGAUUGUCGUUCCUGACCUAUAUUGAAGUUUCACUUUGUGUACGCUGUAUUUUAGUUCACCAUAAAGGGUACAUUCUUUCAGAAUGAAGAAUGGAGUGCCAAAAGUGUUAGACACUUCAAAACACUUCUGACGACCAGAAACCACGUUUGCAAAUGUUCGAUCCUGAAUGAUAUGUAGAUGGGUAUCUUAAGUGUUUUUUGACUUUGUUUUCCCUCCAGUUAAAAACUUAAUCGAUAGAUAAUUCUACACAAAAUAUGCCCCCUAACUUAUACAACAAAAUAUUUGUGCUGUGCAAUCUCUGGUUGUUGUUAGCUAUGUAUAUUUAUAUUAUCUUUUUUCAGUAUAUAUUUUACGUUUUUCUAAGGUAAGGUGAUCAUGUAUCAACAAAGUAAGUGUCAGAAAUAAUAUUGUGACUACAUUGCUAACUUUUAAACCCCUGAAUCCGGGAUAUUUUAUUUUACCAAUCCCAUUAUAUGGAUAUUCCUUCCAUUAUAUGGAUAUUCCUUCCUGUAGCGUCGUGGCGCCGUAGAUUAGUGGUUAUAGCUCUCGUACUCUGUGCGGGAGACCGGGGUUCGAUUCCUCUUGACGGCGAUUCAACAUGGGCGAGUGAAUGUUACCAUAGCCCCGGGUUAACCCAAGCCAUGUGAGGGAAAUUGGGAAGAUGGCACACUGUGUGGGCCGUUGGAUGUUGCCGGGAGUUGUCUAGUAGAGCGCGGGCUCUAAUUGGAUCUGCGUAGCUCAAAAUGAGCAUUAAAUACUCUAGGACUCUCCAUCUACGCCAUGGCCCCUCCUGGAAAUAAUAGACAGGGUAUAUCCCUCGAUAUUUGUGAGGCUAGCCAUGUAAAAUAUGCACAUCUAUCUAUCUAUCUAUCUAGCUGCUGGAUAGUUUUUACUUGACUGUCUGGUCAUCGGAUUCCCAGCAUGGAAUCCCAUGACCUUGGCAUCAGCCCCCAUGGUCCAGGCAUCAGAUCUCCUAAACCAGAGAUUGAGAUUUUUGCUCUUAUCAAUGCAUGCUCUUCCUAAUCAAACAUAGUUUUUUCUUUAGUAAGGAUUAAAGUUAGUUAAAGUAUCUUGGUAUAUUUAACCAUACCAAAUCGGGCAUUUUACAAUCAAAUUAGAUGAAACUUGCAUCCAGUUAGAUUGACAAUACUUAGCAACCAACCAAGCAUUAAGCUUUGAAAACAUUGUAAGGGGCCGUCAACAAACAGUAUUUGGCUCCGUUUACGGCAAAUUGGCCACUGGACAUGUUCAUAAAUACACAAUAUUGAUUGGUCGCACUAUGCAACAAUCUUCGUGGAGACUUGUACAACCAUGAGAUCUAUUUUUACAACAACCAAUUCUCGAUUAUGGCGGACUUUUACUGUGGAAACAUUUUCUAAUUUGUUGAAUUUUUUUCAUUUUCCCUGAAAGAAAUAAAGCAAAAUUUGAAAAUGGCGCACUUAUCAGCCACGCAAUACAUGGAAGAAGUAUGUUCAGCUAUUGAACAACAUGAUGGUAACUACUGGUCGGAACUUAUUAGCCACAAAGAUGCACAUGUUGCAAGUCAUAAGCUACAAAUUCCAGAAGCUGCUCACAUAACAGAAAGAUUCUUUGAUCCUCCACUAGAUGAUAUGAUUUCCAGUCAUCUUCGUGUAGUGUGGGCGAUAGGAGAAAAUGAUUAUUAUGAAGCCUACAAAUCCCACAUACUGGUCAUUCAAAACUUCAUCAAAGUUUUUCAAACACAGAAGGAAGAGAAUUGGGCGUUACCUGUGUUAUAUAAUCUUUGUCUUGAUUUGCGAGUUUUUGCAAUUAACGCUGACACUCAACGUGUGAAAAUGGGAGUGGGUACAGCAGAUGAAAUGUUGGAAAAGUCAGCGGAGUAUCUUAUGAACUGUUUCCGAGUAUGUGUGAGUGACACAAGAGCCGCAAUCGAAAACUCUAAAAAGUGGGGAAUGCUGGGAAUUGUGAAUCAACUAUUUAAAAUUUACUUUCGAAUAAACAAACUUCAGCUAUGCAAACCGUUAAUUCGUGCAAUCGAUAGUUUGCCCAUCAAAGAUAUGUUUCCAAAAGCACAUUUAGUUACGUACAGAUUUUUUGUUGGUAAGAAAGCAAUGUUUGAUUCUGAUUAUAAACUUGCAGAUGAAUAUCUUUCCUAUGCAUUUGAACAUUGUCACAAGGCCUCAAAGAAGAACAAAAGAACAAUAUUGAUAUACUUGCUUCCUGUUAAAAUGCAACUAGGUAAGAUGCCAAGCAUCAAACUUCUUAAAAGAAAUAAUUUGCUCCCGUUUGUGGAUGUUCGUAAUGCUGUAUCCUCUGGUAAUUUGUUGUUGUUAAUGAAAGCCUUGGACGACCAUCAGACCUUCUUCAUAAAAUCAGGAAUAUACCUGAUCCUGGAGAAGUUAAAGAUUAUUACUUAUAGAAACUUGUUCAAAAAAACUGCACUUAUACUCAGCACACAUCAACUUCCAAUUGAGGCUUUUCGUGUUGCAUUACAUUACAUGGGACAAACUGAUGUGGAAACAGAUGAAGUCCAUUGUAUUUUAGCAAACUUAAUCUACGAGGGUCAUAUUAAAGGCUACAUUUCUCUGCAACAUCAAAAGCUGAUCAUUAGUAAACAAAACCCAUUUCCGAGUUUUAAGAAAUAGUUUUCGUUUAUGGUAUUUUUACAUGGAAUUCAUACACAAGCAGCUUUAAAUUUUUUUUACAACGGUGGAACUUUUCUAAUAUUUUAUGAGAGUGACUUCAACUAGGUACUGAAUAUAUGCAUGUAUUUUAUAAUAAAGUUGAAGAACUAUUAUUGGCUUUA